AAAUAUAACACUAUUUUCAUUAAUAGCAUUUAAUUAGUCGGAUAACCAUAUCUUUCGACCUGCAUUAGUGGCUAAACUAUUCAUUGAAGACAAAAGUACAUCAGAUACAUAUGAAGUUCUACCAUUUAUAGUGAUUUCGUGCUACAGUGCGGAUAUAUAGGAUAAUUAUAUAACACAACCGUUGCGCCAUGUCAUUCGUGCAAAACCAAUUGUGCAUUAGCCAGUGGAAAAUUGAAUGAUAAAAAAAAUAAGUAAUAAUUAAAAGAUUCUCUAUCGCAAAUGCUCGUUGGCUUGAUGUAAAAAUAACGUAGCGCGUACUCAUGUAUGCAGUCGUUUAAAACCUGGGGUCAGAGUUUGCCUCCCGCAAGCGACCUACACUGACUCGAAUGAGGAUUAGUUUGAAUGUGGAAGGCUUAAAGGUGUCGUGUCAUAGUUGAGACCUAUUCAGAAAACCUCAUGUAUCCUGUACCAGAAAAAAAUAACGUAGCGCAACAGUUGCAUGGGACAAACACUCGCUAGUUAAUAAAUUUUCAUAUAUGUCUCAAUCUUUACCUCCCUUUUUCUUGUGUUAUUUUCUCAAUUUUUCCAAAGCAUCAAACUUUGCUCCUCCUAGAAAGUAGAGUUCCAUUUGCUCCUGGAAACCUAAUAUUAGGGGUGAAAAUGCACUUUUUUCCAUUAUAUCAAACAACAAGUCUGACCCGUUGGAGAGGAACCCUGGUUUGAUUUCACUCUUUUCUGGCGGGAAAAUUAGAGUGAGAGUGAUUAGGUCUACAGAAUUAGAAGAAUGGGAUCAAAUUGGGCAUCAAAUCCGUGCAUUAUGGGCAUCGAUGAAGCUGGGCGUGGCCCUGUGCUUGGACCUAUGGUUUACGCUUGCUUAUACUGUCCUCUCUCCUAUCAGAAAACCCUUUCUACCUUGAGCUUUGCAGAUUCAAAGACUUUAAAAGAAGAGAAGAGGGAAGAGUUAUUUGAAAAUUUAAAGGCUAAUGAAUCAAUUGGUUGGGAAGUUGAUAUCAUUGAUCCUCGGGAACUCUCUGCUAAGAUGCUAAAAAAGAAUAAGAUAAACUUAAAUGAGAUAUCACAUGACUCUGCAAUUGGACUUGUCACUAGGGUGAUCAGCAUAGGAGUCCUUUUAACCGAGGUUUAUUUGGAUACAGUGGGAGACCCUGAGAAGUAUAGAAUAAAACUUUCUGAAAGAUUUCAUUCCAUAAAAUUUGUUGUUUCAAAGAAGGCUGAUAGUCUUUAUCCAGUUGUGAGUGGAGCAAGCAUAGUUGCAAAGGUUACAAGAGACCGAGCUUUGCGAGAUUGGGUACUCGAUGAAACAACUGAAGAAAUAAGUAGGAAUUUUGGUUCGGGGUACCCCGGAGAUCCUGAAACCAAGGCCUGGUUGGAACAACACAAACACCAGGUUUUUGGAUUCCCAACUUUGGUUCGCUUCAGUUGGGGCACGUGCAAUUCCUAUUCCAAAAACAGCGUUGAAGUCUUGUGGGAAUCUGAUAAAAUGGAUGAAGAUGGCUGUAACAAUAGCAAUGGUAAACGGCAAAUGAAAUUGAGCAGUUUCGGUGUGACGACAUCCAAGACGAGAAGUGAAGAAACGGAAUCAACUGGUAAAGGUCGGUGCAAGUUUUUCCAAGCUCGUAAACUCGAACAACUUUCUCAUUUUUAGUUCAGUUCCUCUGUUGUUGUAUGUCAUAUUUACUGUAACCAGUUAAUUAAAUCAACUCGUGAGUUACUGGAAAUUAACUAAAAAUAUAUAUUCAAACUGUGUUAAUCGAGUCAAA